AUGUUAGACGCACCAGCUGACGAUUGGAACAGCUACAACUCUGCAAUAUUCAGCUCCCUUCCUUCCAACAGCUAUUGGGCGAUAUCAACGAGCGAGUCUUUUAUUACAGACUCAAGCUGUUUGAACUGUCCUGAGAUUACCGGCGAGUUUCCUUCCGUACUGCAUCGCCUUUGGAACAAUGCAAGCACCGGCACGCUCGAAAGGCUUGAUCCCGCCGAAUGCAUAGCCAGGUACGCAACGAGUAUCCAAUUCGCUCAGCGCAACGUCCUGCUUGUUGCCAGCGAUGACCAGGUCCCACCUCCGAAUGAGAACCCACUUAUAAAUGGCUCUCAUGCCUAUGUGCGAUGGAAGUUCAGUGCCAUGAGCGCAAUGGCGCGUGAUACGGCUCGCAACUCCUUUGACUGGAUAUGUUCAGGCAUGGAUGCUAAGAGACCGUGCUCGCUUGGAAUCGAUGCUAUUCGAGACUCAUCUGCUGAGUCGUGGCUCAUGGGACCCGGAGCAGGAUGGCCCGUCAAGUACUGUCUUAGCGAAAGGGCUGAUCCAACCUGCAAGCUCCAUUUCGAACCGACUAUCGGCACUAUCGUCACAAUACUCAACUUCGUCAAAGCGGGCGUCAUGUUUUACGUAGCGUUCUUCGUUGGAGACGAGCCACUCAUGACAAUGGGCGACGCAGUCGCAUCCUUCCUGGAAAGACCGGAUCCUACAAGCAAAAACAGGUGCCUCUGGGCCUUUGCAAAUCAAAGAAUGUUCAGAGACGGCAAAGGUAUCAAGCAUCAUAGAGUAGGCCCGCAACGCUGGAUCUGUCCACAAUAUCGAUGGAGGGAUGCUACUAGUCCAGAACGCCGCGUCGUCACGAUCUUCAUGUUCUUGCUUGCUCUCUCGGUUGUCACCGCAUUCUUAGCCGUCGGAAUCACAGCCUUGCCACCAGGCAUAACAAUCUCACAGCUUGACUUCGUUGGCCUUGAUCCAAGCUCCGCCAUCGACAUGCGCAAUUUUCCAGAUUCCCUCGUGCUCAAGGUCGUGCUCGCCAAUUCGCCUCAGCUCGUAUUCUCUUUGCUCUACUUUUCUUACAAUGCACUCUUGACCGCCAUGCUCAUGGGCUAUGAAUGGGUAUCGUACGCCCACAAACGAAAAGGCCUUCGGGUAUCGCACCAGCCCAAGGGCGCUCAGCGCUGCACCUACUUCCUUCAAUUGCCAUACCGGUUCAGCAUACCACUUCUCUUACUAAGCGCUAUCUUGCACUGGCUCGUCUCUCAAAGUUUAUUCCUCAUGUCCAUUGAUUUUUACGACAGUCUUGGCAGGCCUGGCGACAAUGAUCCAUACAACAACAAGUUCUUCGGAUACCAAACAGUGGGCUUCUCGCCGCCUGCUAUUAUCGCUGUUUUGGUGUGUGGUGGGCUAAUGACGAUUAGCAUCGUAGUCUUGGGUCAUGUACCGUACAGGCGCGGCAUGCCUGUCGCAGGCAGCAGCAGCAUGGCCAUCAGUGCGGCGUGUCACUUGACGGCUGAAGCUGGAGCAAACGAGGGCACUGCGUCGAGUGAAAAAUUGCAAUGGGGUGUUGUGGCCAGGGCAGACAAUGGCCCUGGGCAUUGCGCAUUCUCGCCCAGAUCAGUAGAAGCGCCCGUCAAGGGCAGGGUGUACUGCCUCGCUAACGUUGUCGUGAAUGCAGUUGUGCAAAACAAGAGAAAGGGAGAGAAGUACAGAGAGGACACCACUAUCGUGCGUGAUGUUUAG